AUGCAGCCUAUAUCGUCGUGGAGCAAGGAGAGAGUGAGCGACUGGCUCAAAGGUCUGGAUGCCCCUCUCCAGCAGUACCCCUUCAAAGAGUGGAGGGUGACGGGGUUGGACCUGCUGCAGCUCUCCUCCCAGGACCUGGAGCGGCUGGGCGUUCACAAGAUCAGCCACCAGGAGCUCAUCCUGGAGGCUGUGGAGAAGCUCUGCUCCCUGACAUACGGUAUGGGAGGGGAGACCCUGCGCAGUCUGACAGAGAACCUGUGCGUGGUGGCCCACUCCCUGAUCAUGGGCAUCCAGAUCCGCUGGAGGGUAAACACCUAUGAUGGGCAGAGCGCCACCAAGCUGCCAGCCAGCGUACUGCAGGUGGUGCUGGAGCUCAUCACCUCCGCCAAGGGCCUCUUCUCCCUGCUCAACAGGUACCAGUUUGCCCAGCUGAGUGGUUACACGUCCAGUAGGAACAUCAUCACCUACUGUAAAGACCUGGGGACCGCAGUACACAAGGAUUCCACAGUUUACGAGAAAGAAAAAGACAUCAUCUCCAUCUGUCGUCAGUUGGUGGCGGUGUGUGAUGAGAUUCUGUACUGCAGUCCAGAGGCACUCCUUACCCACACUGCCCAGCUGGAGAGGGUUGACCUGGUGCCUGUCUUCGAUGGCGAUCACCUGUCACCCGCUGACUUCUGUGACAAGAUAUUAGCUGGGGACGAGGUGAUCCAAGUCAAUGACCAAAUAGUGGUUGGCUGGAGCAGGAAUAACCUGUUGAAGAAACUACAGGAGAACCCCAGUGGGGUGACCCUGGUCCUCACGAAGGUCCCCGUGUCCCUGAAUCUCAAAGACACACCCCAACAGCCCCCCUGCCCAAAGGAAGACGAAGAGGAAGAGGAGGAAGAGUGCAAUCAGAGAUUCUCCGUAUUGGAGAGAGUUGCAGCCUCGGUCAGGUCCCUUUCAUUCAGGGCAGCGGUUCAGGGGCCAGUGGUGAGCCAACACAUGGGCCAGGAGGAGUCGGAGCUGUCCAAUGACAGGGGAUUGGACAGCAGCCUGACAUACACCUCACACCCCCACCACCAGGGGGAGCUCUCAUACCUGUCUGCAGGAGACACCAAUAGUUUGAAGGGGUCCAGGUUCAGCCCCAGGCCCAGGGGAGAGGGCUCUGCGCCCCCCAGUAGUCCGUCCCCCCGGGUACUAGAGCUAGCCAGAGCUAGCGUCAGUUCCUGCCCUGAGAUGGGCGGACACGGGGAGGAUAAAGAACCAAAAAAGAUGUCUACAAAAGGCAAGAGUACAGCGACGAGCAGGCGGCGUGUGUCGUGUCGUGAGCUGGUUCAGCCCGACUGUGACGGCUGGCUGUGGAAGAAGAGGAAGGAGAGCAGCGUGUUCAUGACCCAGAAAUGGCAGCGCUUCUGGUUCGUCCUCAAGGGCCCCACUCUCUACUGGUAUACCAGCCAGCAGGAGGAGAAAGCAGAGGGCCUGGUUCAUAUCUCCAGCUACAACAUAGAGAGUGCAGGAGAACACAAGAGGAAGUAUGUCUUCCAAAUGUGCCACCAGCGCUUCCAGACUUUCUUCUUUGCCGCCGAGAAUGUCAAUGACAUGACCAAAUGGAUCAACUGUCUGAUCACAGCCAUACAGAAACACAAGAAGUUCCACAAAGGACCACCGGACAACGAAGAGGAGUGUUACAGUGAGACGGAGUCAGAAGAUGAGGGGUCUUCUCCUUCACCACGCAGAAACAAGAUCUACACGAAAACUCUGUCCAACACACUGCCUCGGGCCAGGAAAGAGAAAGAGAAGGAGAAGGAGGAGAAAGAGAAGAAGAACAAGGUUCAGGCUCCUGCUCCACCCACAGGGCUCAGCAGAAGCCCAGGAGCUCCAGAGGAUGAGAUGGACGUGCUGUUCCACGGACUGAAGGAGGGCGGCGUGUCCCUGAUCGGCAGCAAGCAGCCACAGACCCAAGACCACUUCCGAAAGUCCUUCAUCCGGCGCAACAAGAACCCGGUCAUCAAUGAGAAGGCCCACACGCUCCGCGCGCUGCAGAGCACACUCAAGGAUAAAGAGGCAGAGCUCCAACUCAUCAACAAGGUGCUGGAGGACUCUGAGUUGACGUCCCAGAAGUACCGCCAGUGGAAAGAACAUAACAAAGACUUACACCUGGAGAUCGAGAAACUGGCUGUCCAACGGGCUAAAGGCAAGACAAAGGACACGCCCCCUGGAUCGUCUUCUGGGGAGAUGGGGGAGGUGGUUGCCGUGGAAACAGAGGUCGCGUGUGGACUGACCCUUGGCGACGGUGAGAUGCUGGUAGACGUGGAGCCAUCGUUGUCAAGUACGAUGAAGACAGCAGGCGACUCUGAUGUAGAGCCACAGUCAGAGCAAUCAGUGACUGCAGAGAGCAGCACAGAUGACGUAGCUAGUCCUGCUAGCCGAGAGAAUUACUUCUACAUAUGAGACGCCACUGAACUGAUCUUAUGGUGGUUUCCCUACUUACCAUCAGAUAUGUAUGGUUAGGGCAUGGAUUGUUUCUCAACCAUAUGACCUAACCAGGGAAAACUCAUAGCUGUAGUUAUCGCUGUGAUUCAUGACUCUAGUUAUCGCUGUGAUUCAUGACUCUAGUUAUCGCUGUGAUUCAUGACUCUAGUUAUCGCUGUGAUUCAUGACUCUAGUUAUCGCUGUGAUUCAUGACUCUAGUUAUUGCUGUGAUUUAUGACUCUAGUUAUCGCUGUGAUUCAUGACUCUAGUUAUCGCUGUGAUUCACGACUAGUUAUCGCUGUGAUUCAUGACUCUAGUUAUCGCUGUGAUUCACGACUAGUUAUCGCUGUGAUUUCUUAUGGAGUUUUUCCUGGUCAGGUAAUGUGGUCAGGAUAAACACUGGGCCCUCAGGGGUUUUGUUUUAAAUAGUUUUUGACUGUUGUUGAUGUAGGAAAGACAGGGUUUGUCAUUCCAAGCCAAUUGUAUCACGCCAAACUUGCAGAAUUCAAGUUACGGUAUUCAUAUGACAAAAAAACUAUUUUUUCAAGUGUCCCCCUGUGUUGAUAGAUAUAUACUGUAGUCAUGGGAUGUUAUGGACUGUCUUUUCUACUGUUACAUAUCUUUGGCUAAGAUUUUUAGAUGAGAUUUAAAGGUAAAUUAUAUCCGUGUUGUAUGCCUCUUAUGUACAUAGAAUGUUAAAUGUCACGUAACAAAAUGUAUUGUACUUUUUUAAACGUAGAUUGUAUAUAUUUUUUGCACAGAAUAAGUUCCGAUCUUGCCUGAUGGACAACAUUAUGACAUAGUUAUUAUAGA